AUGAUAGGAUCCUUUAUUACCAGGAUACUUGUGAUGGUUUUUGGCUAUGCCUACCCUGCUUAUGAAUGCUAUAAAGCAGUUGAAAUGAAUAGGCCUGAGAUUGAACAGCUACGCUUUUGGUGCCAGUAUUGGAUUUUGGUUGCUCUUUUGACGGUGUGUGAGCGUAUUGGUGAUACGUUUAUAUCAUGGGUUCCGAUGUAUAGUGAAGCUAAGCUGGCAUUUUUUAUAUAUCUUUGGUACCCGAAAACUAAGGGAACAACAUAUGUGUAUGAUUCUUUCUUUAGACCAUAUGUUGCGAAGCACGAGACAGAUAUUGAUCGCAAUUUGAUGGAACUAAGGACACGGGCAGGAGAUAUUGCAGUUACGUAUUGGCAAAAGGCUGCUAGUUAUGGCCAGACUAGAGUUUUUGACAUUUUGCAGUAUGUUGCUGCUCAAUCAGCGCCUCCGGCUCCCCCUGCGCAGCGUCGACCAGGUGCGAGGGGCCGCCAACCAGCAGCCAGCAAUGCUCCUGCAACAGCACCACCAGCUGAGGGUCCAACUCCUGCCACUUCUAGCUCAUCUUCAAGUCAGCACCAGAAAGAAGUAGCAGAGGAGUUGAGUUCUUCACAAGUACCUAAAGCACCAUCCUCUUUAUCAGGUUUAAAUGCUCAGAAGAAUAAUCCUGCAUCCGAAUCUGGCAGCCAAUCUGCACCUGUAGAGGCCGAGCAAAUGCAGAUUGAUGCAGCACUGCCUUCAUCCUCUUCUGCAAAUGAAAACCCUCCUUCGAAUGAAACAGUAAUGGAAGAGAGCAUUAGGGUCACACGAGGCAGACUAAGAAAAAUUAGAUCAGGAGUUCAGUAA